AUGCCGCGUCAGGGAAGCAUCGAUUUAGACUCGGCCGAUCGGCCUUUUGAUAAUAUCAUCAACUUCCGCGAUGUCGGUCGUACCGUCAACCACUUCUGUGGUACUCAGAUUUUGAAAGAGGGCGUGCUCUUCCGCAGUGCCAGGCUUGACGAUGCCUCAGAACGAGAUAAACGCCGACUGGCCGAGGAACUGCACAUCGCGACAGUGAUCGAUCUUCGAUCUCAAACCGAACACCAGAUGGGGACCCGCAAACGCCGCGCCGAAAACGCGGGCGCGAGCGAGGAUCCCGCUGAUAUCGACUUCACGAGAUCCCGCGUGCCCCUGGAUGCAGAUGAACAUCUGCUGCAAAUCCCAGAUUCUCACCGCGCCCUGAUCAGCUUGACGGGCAGGGGUUUCGAACGUGCGUUACUGGCUAAACUCGAUUGGCCCACUUAUCUAAAAGUAAUCGCCUGGGCUGCGACGGGUUAUCGCGCUGAUGCCGUCCGCCUUAUUGGGGAACAGGUUAUGCAGCCGCGAGGUUUAACAGGACUCGCGCAGGAUACCCUAGAUGCCAGCGCUAGCGAAAUUCGCGCUGUCUUUGAGCUCCUUGCGAAGGAGGAGGCGUAUCCGCUUAUCGUGCAUUGUACCCAGGGCAAGGACCGGACUGGUCUGGUCAUUCUGAUGGCGCUUUUGCUUGCGGGUGAGACUGUGCCGGCGACUGCUGUUGCUGAUGAUUAUACCCGGUCGGAGCUGGAGCUUGUCCCCGAGUUUGAGGAGCGUAUGCGCGAAAUCCGUGCCCUGGGUUUGGGUGAAGAAUACACGCGUUGUCCGCCCGGGUUUGUGGACACGACGACCCAGUAUCUGCAGGACAGAUACGGUGGUGUGCGCGGGUAUUUGGCGGGGAUCGGCAUCGAUGCGGCGAUGCAAGAACACAUACGACAGAAACUAUUGAUCUAG